UCCACCUUCAUUAUUACACAUUGGCAGUUAGUGGCUACUGAGGCUCUAUAAAAAGUAGGCACAUCAGUGUCUGUUCCCAUGCACACUUUAGCCCUCUGCUAAGUCUUUCAAAUUCAAAAAACAAAAGCACCCAUAACUCCAUUAAUUGUAUCCUAUAAACUGCUGGUUUUUGUUUGAAAUCAAAAGAAUGGUAUCCAGAGUGGAAGAAGCAAUGAAGAUAAGGCAACAGCAGCAAGAGGUCAAAAAUCACCAAGUCCAGAAGCAGAUGCAAUGCAACAAAGGAAAAACAAUUAAGUUCAAGCGGAGCAGUUCCAAUGUUGAAGAAGAUGGUGCUUCUUCUGCUAUUCUCUUGCUUGCUUGUAUUGCCUGUGCCUCCUCCCACCUAUAGAAUAUAGAUCAACUUGUUAUUAUCCAGAUGAUAAGUAUAUGCAUGCAUUAAUAUUAGUGUUAUUGUUAUUAUUAUUAUUAUUAGGUUUCUCCAGCUGCUCCUUGUAUGUUCCAAUUAUUAGUCAUAUAUGGAAUAGUAUAAGUACCUUUCUGGACAAAUUAUAGCUAGCUCUUUGGGUAAAAUUUAGUCCAACGUAUACAACAUUCCUGUAAGUCUCGUGGUUCAAUUUUCUCUUUUCUUCCUUUGAACAAAUCCAAGAUUUAAUUAAAUCAAUAGAUUCAAAACGAGUGUGAUCUUAUUAUA